AAUGAUGUCAUUGAUUAAACAUCAACUAAGCAAAAGAAUAAUUUAAUAGGAUAAAGAAUCUGAAUAUAUCAAUAGAAGCAUUCUUUCAUCCAAUCUAUUUAUGUGUAAUCAAAUUUUGAUUCAAUUCAAGAUUUUAAUAAGGAAAUUCCUAUAGCUAUGCAUUAUGUUUUAAUAUAACUCUCACAAAAAAGAAGAUAUUAAUUAAAAAGACAUUUUGAUAUUUAAAUGA